AAGUACAUCAUCGCUGUGCCAGAUGCAGUGAAGUUAGAGUUUAUUCUGGCAGAGGAAGAGUUUCUGCGAUCUCAGGCCACGUUACUGGAGCAGGUGCACAAUCUGCAGCCUCUUCUGGACAGCAGUCACAUUAAAGCGGUUCCAGAGCUGACCACGAAAGUGCAGCGGUUGUCACAAGUCCACAUUAAACAACAGGACCAGAAUGAAGAGUUAUCUGCUGAAGUGAAGAAGCUGUUUGAAGAGUACAACAAAAUGAUGUUGCUCUUAUCAAAGCAGUUUUCUCAGUGGGAUGAAGCUCUCCGGGAGCUGGAAGGACCCAAGCAAGGCCAGCAGAUAGACUAGGAUGCUAAUGCUUAGAUUGAUGGCUUGUUGUAAAAUCUGGCAUUUUUCACAGUUCAUCUCCGAUAUGAUUAAUAAAACAGCUCUGUCAUUCCUAAACACAUACCUUGUUAUAAGUAAGUGUCAUUAUGUACAAAUAUGAUCAUCUUACAGUGUUAUAAAUGAUUAUAUGUUCAUUACAUUUGUGUUUACAGAAACAUUUCUUUACUUGGAAAAUACCAUCAUCCUCUAAUUAAACUGGUUUUGCUCUUUAAUUUAUUUAUUCCUUUAUUCCAGCAGUUGUAAGUAAGAUGUGUCCGAGGGUGGUUUCUUUACCUCCUUUAGAAAAGUUUCACUCCCUGCAGUCACCAUAAAUAAAAGGAAGUGCCACUGUAGUA